CGGCUCAGAGCUGCAGUCAUGCUCCACCAUGUCGGAUGGUACCUGCUGCUGGGGUUCCUGCUGCUGGAUUUACAUGGACUGAACGUUCAGGGUCAAAGGAGACGCAAAGGAAAGAGUAAGUUCCUGCGACGUGGUGCUUCUCGAGGGGAUGGAACGCUGCCUUCAGGACCUGAUCGCAAAGGUUCAGCGGGUCGCGGGGACGUCUUUGUGGUGGAUGAGGACACUGACCUGAUGGAUCCGAUCUUCCAGAAUGGCGGACAAGUCAACCCUCAAUGGAAACCUCACAGAAAUGGACUCAACGGGAGCCAGAAGGGGAAACCUGAGGUGGCCUCGAAAGAUCUGGAGGAGAACAUCACCACCGACAAGAAGACCGACUCUGGGGGGAGGAAUUCACCGCUGUUCCCCGGGAAACCAUCAGACGGAAUAAUUGAUCUGGAUGCUGGAAAUGUCCCCAAGAAGCCCUCAGUGGGAUUCCCUGUCCUUCCUAAAACCCCCUCAGAUCCUAGACCUCCAGACUCCAACAAACCAGCAGAGGAGACAGAUGAGAAGGUCCAGUCUGUUUCACCUACGCCUCAUGUCUUCAUCUCAGGGGACGGGGGGGCGCUGACCACACAAAGCACGAUGUUCAUAGAUCCGAACGGACGGCGACCGGACGACAAGCUGCCUGGUGUAGUGACCAUCGUGUCCAGAGAUGGAGACCUAGUCCUGGGUUCAGAUGGCAGAAGGUACCGGCUGCAGAGAGGACCUCCAGGCUGGAUGGGCCCCCCAGGACCAGAGGGCUGUCCUGGUGAUCCGGGCCUGACUGGGUUUAAAGGUGAUAAGGGUAAAACAGGCCCUGAAGGGAAUCCGGGAAAACGGGGGGAGCGAGGACCUCCUGGAGUGCCAGGUUUACCGAUGCUGUACCUGUGGAAGAACACAGCGGAGGAGUGGGCCGCCUUCCAGCAAACCAAUUUCUACCAGUUACUCCGAGCCGGCUGGCCUAGUAAAGAAGGCCCACUAGGACCACCUGGAGAAAUGGGCAAGCCCGGCCUGCAGGGACUGGCUGGAGAGCCUGGAGACAGAGGACUACCGGGGAUCCCAGGGGAGAUGGGCGAGCAGGGUCCAAGGGGCCCCCCAGGACGACCGGGGCCCCCGGGGAGAGACGGAGAAAACGGAGAGGACGGUCAGCCCGGGUCACCUGGAGACCCCGGACCACCGGGUCCGUGGGGCUACAGAGGAGAACGAGGGUCCAAAGGGGAAAAAGGGGAUGAGGGUCUGAUUGGGAUCAAGGGUCCAAGGGGAGAAGCUGGGGAUCCUGGUGAGAAGGGUUCUGCUGGUUUACCGGGCCCUCCUGGUCCUGUUGGUCCACCGGGGCCUCAGGGGAUCCGAGGAGGGUACGGCCCUGAGGGACCCCGUGGACCUGAUGGGGAGAAUGGACUGGACGGUCGACCGGGUCUACCAGGGCUGCCAGGGGCACCAGGGGCCACGGGAAGAGUCGGUGCCCAAGGAGUUAACGGUUCAAGGGGGGACAUGGGCCCUGUCGGCAGCGUCGGCCCCAAAGGCCCACAGGGGCCUCCAGGUUUAGAGGGCCAGAUGGGACCUCCAGGACUCAGAGGGCCCCAGGGACAUCCAGGACUGAGUGGGGCCCCCGGACCUAAAGGAGAUCCUGGGCCGGCGGGGCCUUCUGGUCUCCGGGGGGAUCCUGGCUUUGAGGGGCCCAUGGGUGCACCAGGCAAACAUGGUCCUGUGGGUUUCCCUGGAGUACCGGGACACCGAGGACCAGACGGGGACAAAGGAGAACCAGGUCCUAAAGGCGAUAAGGGUACCGAGGGGCCGGCAGGGAUCAGCGGACCCCAGGGGGAGAGGGGCCCCAGUGGAUUCCCAGGUUUCCCAGGGGCCAAGGGCCACCCUGGUUCUAAAGGCCACGAGGGUUCCAACGGAGAAACUGGGCCUCAGGGAAAACAGGGCAGCCCGGGGUUAAAGGGGAACAGGGGAUUGGACGGACGCAACGGAAAACCAGGACCCAGAGGAAACAAGGGUCGGACCGGACAGAGGGGUCACACUGGCCAACCAGGCCCACCGGGUUUACCUGGGCCUCCUGGACCAGGGGGAGCAGAAGGAAAGCCUGGUACACAGGGUCCUCAGGGUGCAGCCGGUAGUGUCGGCGGUAAAGGCCCGACGGGUCUUCAGGGCAUCGCAGGGGAGCAAGGACCAGAUGGAGCACCAGGAUCCCACGGUACGCCUCAUUCUCAUUCAGUGGUUUCUUCUUUGUUUUGGCAGAAAAACCUGGACAUUGUUAAGAUUUUCACUGUGGAGGCGAGAGAUGAACGGAUCUGCUGA